AUGCGGGAACGGGGUCCUUGCAUUUGCGGAGUAGGUGUGUGGAGUCUACUGCUGUCCCUCUGUCUGGCCUCCCUCACACAUGCACACAGGAGCCACACAGUGCACGUGAAGGCAGGGACAUGUGAGGUGAUCGCUGCCCAUCGCUGCUGCAACAAGAACAAGAUUGAGGAGAGAUCUCAGACUGUCAAAUGUUCCUGCUUCCCUGGACAGGUUGCUGGCACCACUCGGGCCAUGCCCUCCUGUGUUGAUGCCUCUAUUGUAGCCCAGAAGUGGUGGUGUCAGAUGCAGCCAUGUAUGGACAGUGAGGAGUGUAAGGUUCUCCCCGACCUCACAGGAUGGAGCUGCAGCACAGGCAACAAAGUCAAGACCACAAAGGUUGGUUUUCACACAGUGACCCGAUAG